GCCACGUUAAAAAGUGAUGUGUGGGGCCGCGCUCCGAUCGUAUUUGACGCCAGCGCGCCGGGUGCUGACGCGCCAGGCAUCAACCGUUGCCGGCGGCAGCGACAACAUUGCGACCUUCGCCGCCGGCUGCUUCUGGAGCGUCGAGCUCAACUUCCAGCGCAUCCCCGGCGUCCUCGAGACGCACGUCGGCUACACGAAUGGGCCCAAGGCCAACCCGACGUACACCGAGGUGUGCACGGGCAAGACGGGCCACGCUGAGGCUGUCCGCAUCAAGUUUGACCCGGCUGUCGUGAGCUACGACGCGCUGCUCGACAAGUUCUGGUCCAUCCACGACCCCACAACGCUCAACCAGCAAAAGAACGACGUUGGCACGCAGUACCGGUCGGGCAUUUACUACCACAGCGACGCGCAAAAGUCGCUCGCGUUGGCCUCCAAGGCGUCGGCGCAGCCGCGCUUUCGCCGACCGAUUGUCACGGAGGUCGUCGCGGCCGAGACGUUUUACGUUGCCGAGGACUACCACCAGCGGUACUUGGAAAAGGGCGGGCAGUGCGCGCGCAAGGGUUCGACCGACGCCAUUCGCUGCUACGGCUAAGCCUAUUACUGUUACUACAGCCUUUCUAGGGGGUCAAUGAUACGAAACGCGCCGAAAUAAAUCGUCGAUGGACAGACUUGUGCAGAGCUCA